UGCCGUUCCGGGCGGUGCUUCUGGAAGUCUCCCUCUCUCACGGUGGUCUAGAAUGGAGAAAGUUCGAUGCCAGAGAAUCGGAUGCGACGCCAUGUUUACGGUGGAUGAUAACCCAGAUGGUUCCUGUACUUUUCACGAUGCCGGUCCAAUAUUUCACGAUGGGAUGAAAGAAUGGAGUUGUUGCAAGAAAAGAAGUCAUGAUUUCAGUUUAUUUCUCGAAAUUCCUGGUUGUAAGACAGGAAAGCACACGACUGAGAAACCGGUGCUUGUAAAGGCAGCUGCACCUCCUAAGCAAUCGGUUCUGGCUCCAACUCCUGCAACCAAUUCAUCAUUGAAGGACACUUGUUUGAGGUGUCAACAAGGAUUCUUCUGUUCUGAUCAUGGUUCGCAAGUGAGAGAAUUGAAACCGAAAGAGUCUAAUACUGCUAUAGACGCACCUUUUGAAAAUAAUCCAGAUGCGCAGGACUCCCAACCGCCCCAAGCAAAGAAGAUCAUCGAUGUAAACCAGCCUCAAGUUUGUAGAAAUAAGGGAUGUGGUAAAUCUUUUAAAGAGAAGGAUAAUCAUGAUACUGCCUGCAGUUACCAUCCUGGCCCAGCUGUUUUCCAUGACCGGGUUCGAGGGUGGAAAUGCUGUGACGUUCAUGUUAAAGAAUUUGAUGAAUUCAUGAGCAUUCCACCGUGCACCAAGGGAUGGCACAAUGCCGAUCCAGUAUCUUAACAGCAACGUGAAACUUCCCGCGUUUUCUUUUUUUCCUCAUCAAGUUUAAUGAUUUGGUGUAAUGGGAUAUCUUCCUGCUCUUUGUCAUCAUUAUCCUUCCUCAAUGCUUUAACCUCGUCUUUGAUGAGACUUGAGAAUGUGGUCACUUGGAUUGAUUUUUAAUAUAACCAGCUUUCACCAGAAGAAUGGAUUUAAGAGGGCGAUACAAUGUUGAA